AUGGGCCGCCAAUCCCACCUUACCCGACUGGCCUUGGGCAGGUCGCCGUUCGAGGCACCCGAACAAGACGACAAUGGAGAUUUCCUUCUCGGUCCCAACAUACAACAUGAUACCAGUCGUGACUAUGUCCAACAUUUUGACGCACGAGGCCAUCCCCAAAAUUUGACAUCCCUGGCUUCGAGUCGGAGAUUUAUGCGGGCGCAAAAUGACGCUUUAUCCACCGUUGGCGUCGUUGUUCGCAAAGAGAAGAUGAACCGCUCCUUCUGGCAAACCAUGAGCGAUGAGCAGAAACAUCAGCUUCUUCUCGACGAAAACAUCUUGGGCGCCCAUUUUGGCUUGCUCGUUACCUUUCUUCAGAAACUGUCCACGCGCUGGAUAGUGACGUUUCGCCGGCGACUCCUUACCUACAAAUCUUACCUGGGAUUACCCAUCCCCAGUAUGAUACUUUCUGAAUGGAGGAUAUUAGGACCUAGAGCCUUCCUCUUUGCGGGUAUCCCGUUGGCUACGAUUUCAAGCUUAAGUGAAUUUUUGAGAGAUGAAGUAUUGGAUGAUGACCGUCUUCCCGAUGUCUUUCAAUCUUCCAGCAUUUUGUCCGAGCGCGGAAUGGUCGUCCGAACGAUCGGGAACCAAAGCUUACGAAUUCUUUGGUUUGCGGUCCAAUAUCCUUUCUAUGCCUUCUCCGUCCUGCAGUCACUCUACCUUCUGCCUCUCCAGACCACACCAAAUCUUCUAUCCUUGAUACCGUUUACCAGGGCAUCGCUCAUUCAAGCUCCGGAGCUGUCUCUCGGUCGCUCGAUGCCUUCGUUGUUCUCUUCCGCGAUGAAUAUUGUUUCCCACCCAUUUCUACUUGCUUACAUCAAAGACCGGGUGGGCAAGUUUCUCUUCACAAAAUUUUAUGCGAUCGCCCGCCAUUUUGUGGUGAAACCCGACAGGCCUGACCGCAUCUCACUUCUGAGCGCCAGACAAAACAUCUCUUUCCAGGACACGACUAUCUCGCGCAUGGCUUUGAGCAGUCAAAUCAGUAGAGAUUAUUACGGGGCCCAGGCGGUGGUGGAAGCCAUCAGAACGUGGUUUCCGGCCACGUUCUGGCUUUGGGAAAAACUGUUGCAAACUCUGAGAGCUCCUCUGCCAGUCGAGUUAAGCCCAGAUAUCGAGGAGGAAUUGCUCCAACGGAGCAGGAUGUACCGCCGACAAAUGCUUCAGCGGGACCGCGAAACCGUGUCGGACCUCACUCCGCGACAGCUCCGUGUUAGGGCGAUUCGUUCCGCCUUUAACGACUACAACUUAGACCCCGAUCAUGCCAUCGUGGAUAUUUUUGCCAUGGCCGAUGAAAUGAGCUCACAUACUGCUAGUGAUGUGUCGACCUCGACACCCGACCCAACAGACCUACCGCCUGCGGCACAAACGAUGCAAGAACCAAGGAGCGAAAACAAUAUUCGGGAUGAACUAGUUGUUGAGCCGGGCACGAGUACAGCUCAAGCACUCCCCGACCAGAUCGAAGACAACUCAAGAGCCGAAAACGCCCAGUCUGCCGAUGCCCAAAGUGGGAUCAGUACGUCUCUGGUGGUGUCGACGUCUCCAGAUCCGGAAGAUAUUACCAUGCAGUCUGCUGUUCCGCAGCCCACCGUUCCGCUUGAAACCUUACUCGAGGCUGCUUCAACAGACACCGAUGACGAUCCGUGGCCGCGCCCGUCCACGCCUAUUCCAGCUCUUUCCAGUCCGUCUCCUAGUCAGUACUCCCCAGAUCCUAGUUCUCCUGUCCCAGGCAUUUCUCGAGCAGCCAGUUUACCCCUCACAAAUCCGAGACCUAUUCGUCGACCUACGGACAUCGAUCAUGGCCUCCGGCCCGUCCGGGAAGAACUACUCUAUCGCCAACAGCCGCCGAGAAAUCUUCGCCAUGGAGAAGAAGGACAGUAUCGUGUCACCAUCCUUUCAAAUCACCCAGCGGAAAUGUUUGCUCUUAGUCUUGCCUCCGUUGUCGAGACAGUCGUGUUGCUUCCCUUCGAAAUCCUGUUUCUGCGAUCACUUGCUCAGAAUCAUCUUACUCAUCAGUCGAGAGUUGGAAUGACUGGAGCAGAUGCAUUGCUCGCUGAUGUGUGGCCCAUCGGGUCUUGGGUGAAGAACUUCAGUUUCGCAGGUUGGUGUCGCUUCAUGGGAAAUUGGUCGAUUACUAUUGGUAUGCAAGGUUUAAUCAACUUCGUGAUUUGGAAGGCGAGCACGCAUUUGACACUCCGUCUGGGUCGUCAAUUCGGAUGGGGCAACAUUUAA